GGGAGAGACCGAGGGAGGGCCUGGUGGCGGCCAGAGGACGCGAGAUGAAGAAACUGAGUCUCAGAGAGGUGAAGUGACUUGCCCAAGAUCACAGCAAUUAUCACUUCUCCCUGGGCUCCCAGGCCCUCCUGCGGCAGCCCCCACCUGGGCCAUGUCUUCCUCAGAUGAAGAGACGCUCAGUGAGCGGUCAUGUCGGAGUGAGCGGUCUUGUCGGAGUGAGCGAUCUUACAGGAGCGAGCGGUCAGGGAGCCUGUCUCCCUGUCCCCCGGGGGACACCUUGCCCUGGAACCUGCCACUGCAUGAGCAGAAAAAGCGGAAAAGCCAGGAUUCGGUGCUGGACCCUGCAGAGCGUGCUGUGGUCAGAGUCGCUGAUGCCCUUCCAAGUACAUCCUUCUGCUUCCCCCAUUGCAGCCUUCUUAGAAAUGCAGCAGCAGUCUCACCCAUCAGGAGCAAAAGAAAAUCAAAGACCAAAAGGAGAAAGGCUCAGAGCUUUUGCGACUGUGUGGUCUGGCUAUAA